GCUGGUUUUGUGCAUUUUAGCUGAAUUUGUAUUUCCAUCCAAAUAGAGCUUGAUGCAAAUUACAAGUAAAAAAUUAACUAUCAUCUAGUAUAUGCUUCAUACAUGCUUCAUACACCAUUUUCUAAAAUAAUAAAUAUAAAAUGAAUCAGAAUAAAUGUAAAUAAAGCAACAAUUGCUUAAACAAAGUCUUAUAGAUAUCAUCUAUACUCCUGGUUAGCAAAAAGAAGCACCAAAUUUAGCUUAUAGGGAUAUCUAGUUGUAAAUCAACUUGUUUUAAUGGUUACCAACAAAUGAGAAUCUACCAUCCCUAGGAAAAGAACUAAAAAGUACAAAUUCAAAAAAUGAUCAAAAUCAAUGGCUUAAAUCAAGGUUUCCUGCUUGCUGAUAUAACUCAUGAUUAAAAUCCAUCCUUGAAAACUUUUUUCCAAACUGUCUUCUUUAGUUAGAAAGAGAAACAUAAAUAUGCACAACUAGUUUUUAGCAUUAAGAUGAUGCAUAUGCAACUUAUAUUAAAAAUCGUAUGAUCUUUGUUUGGCUGAUCUUGAGAGUCCUUACAAACAGAGAAAUGCUGUCAAGCUGUUUGUCUAAAUGGGAGGGGGGAAGAGAGAAAUGGAAGACUUCGGGAGUGGAGGAAAGGAGGAAAUAGGGUGCAUACAGAGGCCCUGACAUGAGGGAGGAGAUGGGGAUGAUGCAGGGAGUCCUUGAAGUAGAGGGGGAUGGGAUGAUGGGACACAGGGCAUUUGUGGAUGAGAAUGGAGGAACGCAAGGAGUCCCUGGAAUGUUCAGUGAGCUCGGCCUACAGCAGCAACUAAAUGUGCAGUCCUCUAGCAGUUCUUCUUCCCGCUCCCACACCACUUGUCCAUCUUCACUUACUACUUGCUGCCUUACUGAGAAUACAAGCUCUUGGGCAAAAAGACUUGUCUGUUUAUAUUUUGUUAAAAUGCUGUUUGCAUCAGUGGCACUGUAUGAACCAAAAUAGUUCUUCGAGUGCUUGCUCAUGUUCGUUCCAUGCUAGGUGUGUGCACGCUGCUUGCACUGUUGCUGGUGAUUUUUCCCUUAGUGGUAUCCGUUGGGUCAGCUCUAGCGCCCUCUGGAUCUGCAUGUGUAUGCACUGGUGUAACACUCUGUACCCCAAAGCAACACCCUGGCACCCCAUAUUUGCCAUGGUGAUAUGAUUAUGAUAUGUUUUGUACAAAGCAUGCCUUGUGAAAUAUCAUUUUAAGUCUUGAUCUGUAGAACGUUAAUAUCCUGUUGGAUUGUAUGUGCUAUCAUUGUAUGGGAAGUUACGAAGUUUUGCUAUGUGUAUGUUACUGAAAUAUGUUGUAAAUUGGAAACACCCAAAACCAGCCUUUGAGGUACAACAAUGGGGCAGACAGAGAUGAUGGCCCAUUAAGCAGAAUACACACUCUCAAAGACUACCUCAGGAACUGUAUACAAUGGAGACCUCUCAGAGAGAGCCCAUAGACAAUGGAGACUGCUUGACUCAUAUCAUAGCAAAAGUUCUUUCCAGCAAGCUGGAAGAACCUAUAAAGGAUGGGAAAUACAUAAUCAUUUGUCCUCUCUCCCCUCACAACACCUGGAAACACAUCUGGAGAACAAAGACUUUGAACGGGAGAGGUGGUCCCAGGCUGAAGAGGAAAAUUCCAGACUGUGUAUUAAGGAACGAUACCAUGAGGGCUUUAAGGAAACGAGAUGCUAAAGCUGAUGAAAUGGAAGGACUGAUGCAAAAUAAACUUUUGAAAUCUGAAAAUGAAAAGAGCAAACUUGAGCAGGAGUUGAAGCGGUCCCAGAGGAAGUUAGAUCAGUCAGAAGGCAGUCGAGAAGCUCUUCUGCAUCAGAUUGAGGAUCUCCAUUCCCAAUUACUGAGAGCGGAAGCGGACCGCAUGGAUUUGCAGCAUCAAGUUUCACAGGUUGCCCUGCACCGCCAAAGCUGCCAUGAUGAGCAAGAGGACAACAGGAGAAUUAGAUCAGUUGUUGAAAGGUCUGAGCGGGAGAAGCAAGAGUUGGAGAAACAGAUCCUGGAGUUAAGAGCAAAGCUGAAUCAUAGUGCUGUCAUGUCAGAGGUAGAGGAGCUGAAGCAAUGCAUAGAGCACAAGGACAAGGAGAAAGCACAACUUGCAAUGCACAUAGAGGUGUUAACAUCUGACUUGGAAAACAGGGAGAAGCAGCAGCAAAGGAUGCUGGACCAGCUGAAGGAGAUACAGAGCUGCUACAAGGCCUGUGAGAGUGAACGUAGGCAAACUGAACUCCAAACUGCUGAGCUGGCCCAGCAACUUGAAGAGUCUACUAAGGAAGCAGAUCGGUACCUUGCUGAAUUCAGGCAGUCUGAGACCCUUAGGCUAGAGACUGAGAAGAAGAAAGAAGAGUUGAAAGUGAAAGCUCAGGAAUCCAUUCGACACUGGAAGCUAAAAUAUAAGAAACUGGAACGUGAUAUGGUGAAACAGAAUGAAACCAUCAAUCAGCUGAUGGACAAGAGCAAUCAGGUCCUUAAAGAAAAGGAUGACUUGAAGGCUCAGCUUCUCUCUGCUAUACAUCAAAUAGAAAACCUUCGAAAGGAGCUGAGUGAUGUGCUUACAAAGAGGGCCCAGCAAGAAGAGGAACUCCACUGUAAGGAGGUGAAGCUCAGUGAAACCAAGUCUCAACAGAUAGUUCUUGAGCAAGAGAUCAGGGAAGUCCAAGAUACAGCAAAUAAACUGGAGAGUGAGUUGCAAAAGCAGAUUCUGGUACAGAACCAGAUGAGAAAUGAAAAAGAACGUUUAGAGGAAGAGCUUGAAACAGCUAACACGAUCAAUGAAAAAGACCAGGAAAGAUUCUUAGAGAUGCAAGAAGAUAUAAAAAACUUAAGUGCUAUUCGAGCAGAGCUGACAAACAGAAUAGCAGAGGAAGAGAAAGCCAAGAAAGAGAUUCUCAAGAACUUUUCAGACCUUCAGAAACAUCAGGAGUCUAAGCAAGAAGAGAUGACUACAACUAGUUGGCAGCUGAAGACGGAGAGAGAUGUUCACCAACAGGAGCUGGCAGAUCUUAGAUCAGAGUUGCAGAAUGUGAAAACAAAGCAUGAGAGAAAUGUUCAAGAGCUGAUAAAGCUCUUUAGGCAAGAAAAGGAUGAGGCAGAGAACCACAUUAGGAGGCUGAAGACAGAACUUAUAGAUGAGAAAAAUGUAGUAAAAGCUCAGCGUCGACAGGUGGAGAAGAUGAAAACUGAAUGUGAUAAGCUAACAGAAGAGUUAACCCAGGGUGAAGAGGAAAACAAAAAACUUAGAUGGAAAUAUGAGUUUAUGAAACAGGAACUGGAGGAAAAGGAUAAACAGAUAAGCAGUGAAGAAGAUCAUUUGAGGAGGAUGGAGGAGUCCAGAUUACAGUUUAGGGAUCAGCUGCGUUGUCUAGAGACAGAACAAGAAUCCAUUCUCACCAUGAUAGGAAGUGAAAUUGAUGCAGCUUGUGAAAUCCUUUCCAGGGACUCUGUGGAGAAAUUCAAAGCAAUAUCACUUACACCUGGGUUAAAGAAUGACCCUCAUCGCUGGUUAGCAGAAACAAAGACUAAACUUCAAUGGAUGUGUGAAGAGGUGAAAGAGAGAGAAAGCAAGGAAAGGAAGCUGCGGCGCCACCUAUUGCAGAGUCGAGAGCAGCUUGAGCACUUGACACUGAGCACGGAGUGUGAGCGUCAAUCUCUCUUUGAACAAAUAAAAAAUCAAGAACAUGUCCUGGAGGAAGUUAACAGAGAAAAGAGAGAUCUGCUGGAGAAGACUCACAGGAGAGAGGAAGAAAUGAGAGCUCUACAGGAGCGUAUCAUGGCCUUAGAAACAAGUACCCGAAUGGCCUUGGACCAUCUAGAGUCUGUUCCUGAGAAACUGAGCCUUUUGGAAGAUUUCAGAGAUUUUGGAGAAUCUCAUCGUCAGAAGGAGAUAAUUGAAGAGAGAUACACUAAAUACAAGGAAAUUGUGGGCUCUCUACAGCAGCAGCUGGAGGAUUCAAAGCGCAGAAUCAAAAACUUCAAAGAUGAGAAAAUGGAUGCUGAUGUUUCUGACAUACAAGCGGCAGCUUUCUCCUCCAACUGGCGGACUAAAACCAGCUUUAUGUCCAGCUCACUGCUUUCAGAUUCAGGCUCAUUUAUGAGAAGAAUGGUUCCUUUCGAUUUAAAUACAACCAAGGAAGAUCCCAUUAGUAUUACUAUCAAUGAAAUGAAGUCACACGCAGAAAAAGAGAAGCACUAGAGCAGCUAAAAAAUUAUGCAAAAACAUGGCAGCUUUACUUGCUGGAGGUUCAAUUCUGCUCCAUUGUUUUAAAACAGUAAUUCUGUCUGCAAUCAAGCACAGUUGCACUUAUAGGAGUGAUGCAGCUUCAGUAACUCAUCAAUUGCCAAAUAUUGACUGAAAGUUCAUAGUUGUUUCAGGGGAGUGAGCCUUUUUAAACCUGAAGAUAACGGUAUGUAUCACAUCUGCGAAAGGGUUUCAUGGCAUAAAGCUUUGUCCUCUUUGCAUUCGUUUCUGUAGUUCGCCUGACUAAAGUUCAUUCUUGCUUAUAGCAUACAUGGAUUCUAGAGAUUACUAUCUGAAAAACUAGUACACAAACUUUUACUAUGAGCAAAAUUACAGUUGUAAGGAACUUUGGGUGACACUUAAAUUUAGGCAUCAUUUAAUAAUGAUUAAUAAUCAAGAAACAAUUACUAGAAAUGACUUUUGUCCCAAUACAUUAUAAGAGGCUUUAUAAUAUGUUGCAGCGAAAUGUAUACAUGAUUUUAGGUAUUUCAGUUUAUAAAAACCAUGUAACAGGUCAUUAACUAUUAGAAAAGAAUCCAGUCAGCAAAGUUUAAAACUUAGAACCAAAGUUCCCCAAAGUUGGAGGGAAUUUAGAUCAUAGUUUGGUGCAGCCUAUCUCUGUUGUCGGGGUUUAGAAUUAUUUCUAAAAUAUAAUAUUUUAUAAUCCGAUGGUAUGGCAAAAAGGCAUUAUUAUCUAAUGGUUAGAGCAAGAGAAUGGCAGUCAGAAGACUGGUUCUCAGCUCUUCUCCUAAGUCACUGUGUGACUUUUUGCAAAUAACUUAACCUCUCUGUGCCUCAGUUUCCUCACCUGCAAAAUGACCUCCUGAUGCCGAUCUUUGUUAAGCACUUUGAAAACCUUCGAUGAAAGGUGAUAUAUGAGCAUGAAACAUUGUUCAUUUUUAAAAGCAACUUCUAAUAACCACUUAGUUAUUCUUUUUAUUUUAUAUUAAGUAUUUUGAAAUUUCACCUUCAUUUUAAAAUGUUACUGAUUAUUCAUAAUUCUGGAUGUCCUUCUUGCUUCUGAUGAUCCCAUUCCAUUCAAAUCUGAUACAUUUCUUAGCUUACUAAAGUCCCCAACAAACCACUAUUGUAGCAUCUUCCACUAUCUCAAGAAUCUUAAAUAUUUGCACAAGUCCUGGUUCAGUUUUAUGAUACAUGCCUAUCUUUAGUGUUCCAGGUUGAGUUUCCACUAAAGUGCCUUACUGGCCAAACACACCAGGGAGUAUCAGAGUAAUAUGAAUUACAUUGCAAUGGUUCAUUUAUGUCAGCCUUUUCUUGUAUAGAGAGCCCUCUCCUUCUUUGAAAGACUGUGGCACUUUUACCAGCAAUGUCAGUAGAGAUGGAACCUUUAGUAGCAGUUUCCAGGUCAUUAUGUGCCAACUAAGAAACAGGCAGGCAGUGCUUUUAAGGAGUUUACUGCAGACAGAUUCUGCUCACAGCUGGGACAAUGGGGAGUCUGUUGGAGCAAGCCCUUUAUACUCAGCAUUGUUCCAAGCAUACCUUAUUGCUGAGAGUAUUAACAGCAUAGACUCCGCAGAAAGGGAGAUGAGAAGAUACACUCGAUUAUUGCUUUGCAUUAAUUUUAUGUGCGUAUGGUAACUUCUUUGUAUGAAAACAGCUAUUGACUAUUUUUCUUAUGUCUCAUAAAAGACUGGCUUAGCCUUUCUGAAGAUAUUCUCUUUGCCUUCUAGAUGUGCAUAGUGUAGGCUGUAGCUGUGCUGGCAUUAGCCCUUUACAGAUUGCGGGCGCAUUUCCUACCUCGAAGGCCCAGAAAAGCAUAACAGGGUCAUCCAUCUCUUCCAAUCCCAAUGGCUGUGUCAGAGCCAGAAUAAAAAAAACUACACAAAAGAACCCUCUCUACUAGUGAAAAUAAGGUUAAUGAAAACUUGUUUCUGUCAUAGAGUAGGAAGGAGCAUGAACAUCAUGAAAUAUGGGAUUAACUCAGUCCAUAGUUGCCCUAAACUAAACCAACUGUAAAUGUAUUCAGCAUUUGUAAUUUAUUUUUUAGUUAAAUCAGGUAACAGCUGGAAAUUGGUGUUUAAAACACUUCAGCCAGUUUGCCUGGUGAAAUGUUGGAAAAUCAGAAAAUAAGAUAUUCCCAGUUUCCAGAGUUUAUGGUGCAUACAGAUAAUGGUUAAAAGAAAUAUAGGACGGUCAAUUUAAAAUAAAAACUGUUGUUUUGCAACACAGUAAAUUGUGACCUUAAAAUAGACCACAUUGCAAGAUCUUUUUUAAAAGAACCCCCUACAGUUUGAAUUGCUGGAUAGAUAGAUGUGUAUCAACCACCUUUUACUGAAUCUGGAACAACUUCCAUAGUAAAUGCCUGUUUGUAAGUGGACUAGGCUGAAACCUGGCAACUGAGAGCCUCAUUUCAGGAGCAAAAUUAUUAUUCUUGUAAAAAUAAAAAUCUCUUCGCUUUUCCUAAGGAAUGUGAAAAAAAGCUGGAUAUUCAUUGCUUCUGGCUCUCUUGGCUUGUAUUUAUUAUUUCUUACUUGUGUUUACUAAAAGUAGUUUAGUUAGUUUUAAUAAUUGUGUUUUUCCAUUCUCUGACUACUACAUUUAAGCAGUCUAAGCUCCAGGACAUGCUUUCAAAAUGCUCUAUAAAUACAUUCACACAAUAGAAUGAAAAUGACUAUAGGGUGAAUUAUACUGGCUUUAAAACUCCUUAAAUAUGUUAAUUCUUUACAAAUUGGGCCAUGUGAUAUCUUCUCCCAAGCAAUUUAUUUCCUUUUUGUAAUUUAUCAAGAGGGUUGGGAGAAAGAAAUUAAACCACAAAAACAUUAAAGGAACUUUUUAAUGGGUUGGUGUAAGCUUUCCAAACCCAGGAAAUUCUUUCCUAAACUUACCCUCUUGGCACUGCAGCCCAGAUAAUGUAUAACAUCGGCCUGAAUUCUGCCUUAGAUAGAGGAUCAUAUUUCCAGCAAUACCUCAGUUGUAAUACAGUGAAUUAAUUUCCUUCCUAAUGAGGGUUAAAGUCUCUUUCCUGACACUAUUUAAAAAUGUCCUUUUGUGGUUUAAUAAAUGAUAGUUUUUCAUCUUGGCAAAAAUAUUAUUCCUCCUGACCAGUUUCUGAUUCUAAAGUAGAAAAUCAGAUUGUUCAUUUGAAACAUUUUGUGCAUUCACUAUCCUAAAAUUACUAGCCAUUUCAUUCAUCAUAGAUCCUCUGUAUAUUAUUUAAUUCAUUAAUGGUCUAAUCCUUGCACACAUGAGCGCUUUCAGUAUGCAAGAAAAACACCACAUGUUGUGGUAUCCAAGCAUCUUCAGUUGAAUUACUUCAGUUUUACAUUGUCCCGCAGUUCUCUAGAGCUUCAUCUGGAACCUUAUAUAUUUUCAAGCUUUGGCAGCCAUGUAAUCCAGUGAUGCCUGCUUAAUGGUAAACUUUCUUCUACUUGAAUGGCCAAGUCAGACUCCUAGUACACCUAUAUUUAAAAACCUUGCCUAUUGGAUGUAAUCAUUAAUUAGUCAAACAGCUGAUUUUUAUGCUCAAAUUAGGUUCUUCUAGAAACAACUGCAAAGAAAAAAAUAGAGCUAGGCACAGAGCACCAUGUCUCCCUCUUGUGGAGCGAAGAGUAGAGAGGGCAGGGAUAGAUCGCCACAUGGAGAAGCAAUGCAGCCUUUUUUCUCCUCAAAUUUUUCAUGGAAAUGAGAGGUUUCAACAGGAACGGUACUGAAGUUUUGUGCAUUCAUCCAUCACCCACAUCUCUACUCCUCCUUCCAGCUUUUCCUCAAAACAGAUUUGAAUGGAUUAGAAUACCCAGGCCCUAAGAAAAUACAGUCAUCUUGUUCCCUACAGUCCUCUUUUGGGUGGGAGAGUGUUUGUUCCCACAUCCCAUGUUUUUCUCUUGGACAUGUUUCCACAACAUGGCCUCUUAAGUGACCCUGCACUAGAUCAGGGAUUCUCAAAGCCGGUCCGCCACUUGUUCAGGGCAAGCCCCUGGCAGGCCGGACCGGUUUGUCUACCUGCCGCGUCUGCAGGUUCACCCGAUCGCGGCUCCCACUGGCCGUGGUUCGCCGCUCCAGGCCAAUGGGGGCUGCAGGAAGGGCAACCAGCACAUUCCUCGGCCCGCAUCGCAUC